UGUGAGUCAAGUCAAGUCAUAGAGGAGGAUUGAUUUUGAAAAGGCUUUCCAUUUUCACAUGAGGACGACGACGACGACGACUUUGUCGUGUCUGAAGUUGGUUUGCUUGCAAUUUCUGACGGUUGCCGGAGACUAGAAUAUGUAUUAUAUAUCUGCAAUAGAAUGACUAAUGCAGCUCUUGUUGGACUGUCGAAGAACUGCCCAGAUCUUUUGGUAUUCCGUCUCCACACACCGGGGUGGUGAAGGGUUUGGGGCGAUUCUUAUGAAGUGUAAGAAGCUUAGCCGCCUUCACACAUCUGGUUUAUUGACAGAUCAGGCUUUAUGUUACAUUGGACAGUAUGGGAAAUCACUGCGUACUUUGUGUGUUGGUGUUGCUGGAAAGAAUGAAAUGGGGCUGAAAUUUGUGCUCGACGGUUGCCCUAACUUGCUAAAACUUGAGAUGAGUGAUUUCCAAUUCGGAGAUUCAGCUUUGCGUUCUCUUUUGCAUCAUUUUUACAGGCUGCAAUUUGUAAAGAUUUCAGCAUGCGGUGUAACGCAUCAAUGCUGUGAGUAUAGAAUUCACUGGGAAGAUCCAUAUGGACCAAAGUAUGUGCAAAUCUUCUGAAGUUAUAUGAUGUCACUGGGAAGAAUAGAAUUCCCUUGUUUACCUGACCCUACUCUGCUGAUGGCUGAUGAUGUAGUGUUGUGAAUGUUUGAGUAAUUUCCAUCAUGACUGAGCA